UUCCGGGGGUGGGACUUCCGCCGCGAGUCUAGCGCAUUAGCCGGCUUCUUAGACUGGGGUUUGGCUGCCUUCCGGGCAAAGUGGAGUGCUCCGGGGGCUGGGCGGGCUGCUCCGGCCCCACGCCCCUGGCAGGUGGACGGCACUCAGCGGAGGAGCCCAGAAUAAAGCCAUCCAGCCACGCCCCUCGCCGACCCUCGCCAGCCGCUUGAAGUUCGCUGUCAUCCAGUUUGGUUUAGAGGCGCGGAGACUCGGUCCUCCGCAAGCAUCAAGGACCGCUCUUUCGCUAGUCCUCCUUCCCGGAGCCACGCUUUAGGCCAGCUUCUUGCUCCCCGGCUUGCCUGACUUGUUCUGAGGGGUCCCGGUGCAGGCUUCUUGGUGAAAGAAGCUUGACUCUUUUUCUCUAGAAUAGCUAGAGGAGCUUUGGACCUGCGUGGGGAAAGAGCAGACUGUUACCUUCACUUUGUCCUGGAGGGACCGCCUUGACCUUUGACCUAAUGGCAGCACCUCCACUGGGCCGACUGGUGCUGACCCAUCUGCUGGUGGCCCUUUUCGGCAUGGGCUCCUGGGCUGCUGUCAAUGGGAUCUGGGUAGAGUUACCUGUGGUGGUGAAAGAGCUCCCGGAGAGUUGGAGUCUACCUUCGUACCUCUCAGUGCUUGUGGCGCUGGGGAACCUGGGUCUGCUGCUGGUGACCCUGUGGAGGCGUCUGGCUCGCGGCAAGGGCGAGCGGAUCCCUAUCCAAGUGGUUCAGGGGCUCAGCAUAGUGGGCACAGGCCUGCUGGCCCCUCUGUGGAACCAUGUGGUCCCAGUGGCAGGACAGCCCCACUCGGUGGCCUUCCUAACGCUGGCGUUUGUACUGGCAUUGGCCUGCUGUGCCUCUAAUGUCACUUUCUUGCCCUUCCUGAGCCACCUACCACCUCCCUUUUUACGGUCUUUCUUCCUGGGUCAGGGCCUGAGUGCCCUCCUGCUCUGUGUGCUAGCCCUGGGCCAGGGGGUGGGCCGCCUUGAGUGCCUGCAUGUGCCUGCCAACGGCACCACUGGGCCUCCGAUCAAGGUGUCUCCCAUCAAUUUCCCUGAACGGUUUUCUGCCACCACGUUCUUCUGGGUGUUGACAGCCCUUCUGGGCACUUCAGCUGCUGCCUUCCAAGGCCUCCUGUUACUACUGCCAUCCCCAACAUCUGAACCCACGAUGGGUACAGGGCUUCAGGUAGAAACACCAGGAACAGAGGAGGAAGAGGAAGAGGACUCACCCUUGCAGGAGUCACCAGGCCAGGUGGCAGGCAUUGUUUCGAGCCCAGACCCUAAGGCCCGUCAGCUGUUCUCUUCCCGAAGUGCCUGUCUACUGGGGCUGCUGGCUGUCACCAAUGCUCUGACCAACGGUGUGCUGCCUGCUGUACAGAGCUUUUCCUGCCUGCCCUAUGGACGCCUGGCCUACCACUUGGCAGUCGUACUGGGUAGUUCUGCCAACCCCCUUGCCUGCUUUCUGGCCAUGGCAGUGCUGUGCAGGUCUCUGGCAGGGCUGUGUGGUCUAUCUGUGCUGGGCAUGCUCUUUGCCACCUACCUGAUGACACUGGCAGUCCUAAGUCCCUGUCCUCCUCUGGUGGGAACCUCUGCAGGUGUGGCCCUCGUGGUGCUCUCAUGGGUACUAUGUGCAGGCGUGUUCUCGUACAUCAAAGUGGCGAUCAGUUCCAUGUUACACAGUGGAGGCCGGCCAGCAUUGCUCGCAGCUGGGGUGGCUAUUCAGGUGGGCUCUCUGCUGGGCGCCGUUGCCAUGUUCCCUCCCACCAGCAUCUACCAAGUAUUUCGAAGUGGAGAGGACUGUGUGGACCAGUGUGGUUCUUGAACUUGGGCGUGUGGGAGUUACUUCAUACUUGUCUCCACCUGGAGUGGGGUGGUUACAGGUCCUGUGGCCCAAGGUGGCCUCCCUACACACAGACAAUAUGAAUAUUUCACACUCCAUAAGAGACCUGGCUUUUGAGAAAAGACCAGGGUGAGGACCAAAGAGCAGGCCCAGACCCAGGGAUAGGUUGGGGCUGCAGCCUUCACCCUGGGGCCUCUGUGGGAUUUGUACAAUAAAACAUCUUCAUCCAA